CUUGCGUCUAGAUAUUGUUUAUCUUCUCUUUCCUCAUCUCUCUCUAUCAAUGGAUUCCCUCGUUGAAUCCGGUUGGCAGUACCUUGUUACUAAUUUCAGCGACUUCCAACUGUCGUGCCUCGGGAGUUUUAUCGUCCAUGAAACUGUCUUCUUCUUGUCUGGUCUCCCUUACAUUUUCCUUGAAAGAACGGGUUUGCUAAGCAGUUAUAAAAUUCAGACAAAAAAUAACACCCCUGAAGCGCAAGGAAAAUGCAUAUCGUGGCUAUUGUUUUACCAUUCAUGUGUAAACUUCCCUCUCAUGAUGUUCUCCUACCGUGUCUUCAAAUUCAUGGGCAUGCGGAGCAGUUUUCCUCUGCCCUCCUGGAAAGUGGUCUCUGCUCAAAUCUUAUUCUUCUUCAUCAUUGAGGAUUUUGUAUUCUAUUGGGGUCAUAGGAUAUUGCACACUAAAUGGCUGUACAAGAAUGUGCACAGUGUGCAUCAUGAAUACGCCACACCGUUUGGUUUGACGUCAGAAUAUGCUCAUCCAGCUGAGAUUCUGUUCUUGGGGUUUGCUACCUUUAUUGGUCCAGCUCUCACAGGGCCUCACCUAAUCACCCUUUGGUUGUGGUUGGUGCUUAGAGUCAUUGAGACAGUUGAAGCGCAUUGUGGUUAUCAUUUCCCAUGGAGUCCCUCUAAUUUUCUUCCUCUCUAUGGCGGUGCUGACUUCCAUGACUACCAUCAUCGUUUACUCUACACAAAGUCUGGAAACUACUCAUCAACUUUUGUCUACAUGGAUUGGAUCUUUGGUACGGACAAGGGUUACAGAAAACUGAAGGCCCUAAAAGAAACAUGACAACAAGCAAAAGCGAGCACUUUGCUUUCACAGUCAAAGCUGUUGGCCUGAUCAUCUAAGCCAGUUUCGAUGUUUGAAUCUUUAGUUACAGCUACUGCUCGUAGUUGCAUUUAGUCCAUAAGAUCCAGUCUCAUGUUUUUGCCUUGUGGCACAAACAAAGCACCUCCUACACGUAUCUAUCUAAAAAACUAAAAAGUAGAACUUCAUUCCUUGCAAUUUCUCCUUGGUUUGUUUGUGUUUUUUUUUGGCGUUUGUUUGUAAUAUUCUUGCAGAAUAAUUCCUUUUUGUUUGUGUUUUUUUUGGCGUUUGUUUGUAAUAUUCUUGCA